AUGAACAAGAAUUUAAACAGUUACAAAGUAUUGAAUGAACAAACUGUUUUAAAUAAUGAAAUAGUGGAAAGUGUCUGGAAUAAUUACUUAGACCAAUUUGAAGAUUCUCGAAAAUUAAUGAAAAAGUUAACUAAAGAAUUAAACAAGGCCUACUCAAAAUGUGGAAACAAGUUUAGAGCAGAGUUAUUUGUUGGAUCUGUUAUUUUAAAAAGUAAAAAUGAGAAAGCUUUUCAAAAGAUUAAAGGAUUUGAUAAUUUAGAAGAAAAUUUAUUCAAUUUCUGUUAUAGCUCAUUCUCUUUGACUGCAAAAUCCGGUAUUAAAACAAUACUUGAUUUAAAAAAUUUGAUUUGGACAUCAAGAUGUCUUUUUGAAUUAAAGUGGAAGUUUGUUUCAAAAGAAUCAAAAAAGGAACUUUUGAGAUUUAUUUCAACAUUAAACAUAAAUGCGUUAGACGCGAAUGGGUUUAACGAAACACAAGUGUUUGAUUUAAAAAUUAAUUUGUUUUUAUUAUAUUGCAAAAUUUUUAGUGAUGAUUUUGAUGAUAAUGAGCUGAGAAAUGGAUUGUACAUUUUAAGCAUGUAUUCUGUUUUAAAAGAAGGCUUGGAAAACAAUAAAGGUGGAAAUAGUUUUGAAAGUUUGAGCAAGAGACUAUUAUUGUUGGAUUCUGGAUUGGAUGAAUAUAUCAAUGUUCAAGUGACUUUUUUAAAUUGUGUUAAAUUAAUUAUUCUUGUAAAUAAGUCAAUUAAGGAAUUUCAAGUGAAAGAAGAUGAAAAAGCGGAAAACGAUACAGAUAGUGAAAGCAGUUUUAAAUUUUUGGGAUAUCAAUAUGAUAUACUAAUAAAGCUAUAUAAAAGGGUUUCAAAAUAUAGAAAAGAAACUCACAAUGAAAAUUUCAAUUAUAGCAAAUUGGCAAUUCAGAGUUUUUCUUCCAUUUUAGAAAAUGAAAGAAACAUAAUUUUCAAGAGUGCAAAGGUGAUGAGAGACAAAAAUGAUUUGGUUGAUCCAUUUUCAAAUAUAAAGCAGGAAGUAAUAUUAAAGAUUUUGAAAACUAUUAGAAUGUCAUUGACUGAAAACGGAUGGAUGAUUAGUCAAUAUUUAUUUGAAAUGGUGAUAAUUUUACUAAGCAAUUUAGCCAACAAGUUGAUAUUAAUUGAGUCUGAUAGCGAGUUGAAUGAAGAAAUUUAUCUUGGGAUUACAGGAAAUUUAUCGAUUAUUUUGAACAAUCACCGAUUCAGAUUAAAUGAUAGAAAUCAUUUGAUUAUAAAAGUUUUUGAAUCAUUAUUGGAAUGUUUUUCAAAUGAGUCGAAUAACAGGGUUGUUUCGAGUUCUGAUAAUUGUGUGGAGUCGUUCAAUAGAUUGUUGUCUAAUUUAUGUGAGCCAUCAAAUGAAAACCGUAAACCUGAGGGUAGAAGUAAGAAUAAGAAUGAGAAUAAGAAAGAAAAUGAGUCAAUUCAAUUGAGUUCGGCGUCUAAUUUGAUUAAGGGAUCUCUUAGAAAGUAUUUGGUUUCGUUUUUAGUUAAUUUUAUUUAUAUUAGUUUGAAUUACCAAUUUCGAAAAAACGAGCAUAAAAACAAGAUAAAUGAAGGAAUGUAUGUUGUAUUUGAUGCAUUAACUCAAGAUGAAUUGAUUAUGGUUAAUUCUUUGUUGGAUAAUACAGGGCGGAUUUAUUAUAAAAAGAUUUAUGGUGAUUAUAAGAAGUUUGGAAAAUGGAUAAGUUAUUAG